AUGACUACUUUUAUUCAAUUCAACACUACUGAAAACAUUCCAACAACAGAAUCUUCUUCUUGUUCAACUUCCGACAAUAUUUCAGACGAAGAUGUGAACUUGGCUUCAAGAAACCCGAAAAAGCGAGCUGGGAGAAAGAAGUUUAGGGAGACACGUCACCCGGUUUACCGGGGAGUAAGGAAAAGGGAUUCUGGAAAAUGGGUGUGUGAAGUAAGAGAACCAAACAAGAAAACUAGAAUAUGGCUAGGGACAUAUGCGACUGCUGACAUGGCAGCACGGGCUCAUGACGUGGCAGCUCUGGCUAUGAAGGGACGGUCCGCGUGUCUGAAUUUUGCUGACUCGUUAUGGCGUCUGCCGAUUCCGGAAAGUAGUAACGUCAAGGAUAUUCAAAAGGCAGCUGCAAAAGCGGCCGAGGCGUUUCAUUCCGAGAUUGAACCGGAGAAGGAGAAUGCGGACCUUUAUAGUAAUAGUAGCUAUUUGGAUUAUGAGGUGGUUUUUGGGAUGCAGGGGUUUCUUGCUGACAUGGCAGAAGGGAUGAUGGUACCACCGCCACAUCAGACUGCUGGAUAUGGCCAGUGUGAUGAUGACGUCGGGUUCUGUGCUGACAUGUCAUUGUGGACUUUCUGAAUUUGAUCUGGAUUUUGACUCUAGAUUAAGGGAAUUAGAUUUGAUAGUUGAAUAGCUCAUAGUUGUAGACUUUAUGUAGUUGGCCAGCAAUUAGUAUACGCCAUAAAAAAGGCAUCCUAAG